GGGCGCCCGCGCUCCGCCCCGGGCCGCGGCGCUGGUUGCUGGGGAGCCGCCGGCGCGGCGCGGCGCGGGGCGAUGCUGCGGGCCAAGAUCCUGUUCGUGGGCCCGAGCGAGGCCGGGAAGAGCGUCCUGGCCAACUUCGUGUCGGAGAGCGCCGAGGGCGUGGGCGGCCACGUGCCCACGCAGGGGCUCAGGAUCCUGGAGCUGGAGCAGCCGGACCUGAGCGGCGGGAAGGGCGCGGGCUGCCGCCUGGAGCUGUGGGACUGCGGCGGCGACCCCAAGUUUGAAUCGUGCUGGCCAGCUCUGAUGAAAGAUGCCCAUGGUGUUGUAAUCGUUUUCAACCCGGACCUGCCCAGUCACCUUAAGGAAAUUGAAACCUGGUACUCCUGCUUUGUGCAGCAGCAGCAGUUACUAGACAGCCAGUGUCUCCUGGUUGCACAUCACAAGCCUGGCAGUGCUGUGGAUUCAGAAGGUCCCUUCUUAGCUGGACCUCUGAACAAACUGAAAUUAAUACAGUCCAGCCUGGAAGAAGACCCUGAAGACGUUCGGAUGGAAUUUAUGAAAUACUUCAAAAGCAUUGUCAACUUGCUAAAUGAAAGCAGAGAUAGGGAAGAGAUGUCAAUUAUCACGUAAUGCUGAAAGAAAGAAUGAAGAGAGAGAGCGAGCGAGUACUGUUUUGCAGUUUGAGAUCUGUCCUAGCCAAGAAAUAACUCUAGAACUUAUCUUGUUAAGGAGAGUUUGCCAGUGGAUAAACACUAUAAGAAUAGUUUGUGAGUGAUUUGUGAAUGCAAGUAACUUUAGCUGUCCCCUGACCAGGUGUGUUCUUGGAUAAAGUUCAAGAAGGUAUCUUCUAAUAUGUUUAUAUGGACUCAGCUAAUUUAAUUAUAUAUUUAGUUUGUGAAGACAUUAAGGAAUUGGCUAGUUCUUAAUUGACUCGCCUAAAAAUGUUCUCAUCCUUUUCCAGAAAAAGCUAAAUGAAUGGGCCAGGCAGAACAAGUUUUAGGAAUCUGUGUUUAAGCACUUGGGUAAUGUGUCUAUGGCAACUGUGCUCUUACUUGGAGAAAAUAUGCUUUUGGAUGUCACUAGUUGGAACUGAGACGUGAGCCUUAAGUCUCUGGUGAAAUCUAUGUUUUAAUGUCCCCAAAUUUCCUCACCUCUCUGUCCAGGAUCUGAAGAGCAUAUCAUUUUACAGGCUUGUGUUCUGGCAGGAUAGAAUAAACUGCAACCUUUAUUCUGACAAGCCCUUCCAUCCACUGCAACAAAACUCCCAUAUUUACUCAAUUAGCAGCAAUGUGGAGCCGGCACUGCUUUUCCGGCCCUGUAGCAGUAGUGGCAGGGAUCUGCUGCUGCUGCUCUGGGGCCAGGCUAGAAUAGCAGUGCCAGCUCCACGCUGCUGGCAUGGGGCAGGCUGGAGCCAUGCUCCAUGCCCUGGGCUGCAGCAGGGACAGAAGCUGGUUCAGAGCAAAGAUCAGGGUGGAGGGCUGAGGGGCAGGCAGGGGAGAGAGGCUUCAGGAGGGGGAGAGGUUGGAGGAAGUGGGGCGGGGACCUGAGGCUAUGGGUGACAGAAAUGGUGUGCAGGGGGAAACGGGGAAAGUGGGAAUUGGGGCAACCUGAGGCUGUGGCAGAGGGACCUGGUAUGGGGGAUGGGCAGCAGAGGAUAAGCUGCCUGCCUCCCUCACUGUCUGUUCCCUACCACCUGCCCCACUACUGCCCCCUCAUCACUUCUCCCCCACCACCUGUAGUAGUGGGGAGGGAGAAAUUGAAGAUGAUCCUCCAAUAAUUAGAUUCCACACAUGGAAAAUUAUAAUAAACUUACACAUUUUCUGUAUGUAAAAUCUAAUUAUGGGGGGGAGGGGGAGGAUCUUGUAUUUGAGUAAAUAUGGUAGUCUUGUUGGUGACAAUGCUUAUGUCCUUCUCUGGGAGGGAAAAUUUUUGAAUCCCAUUCUAGUUAGAUUAUUUUGCCCUAACAGAGACUGAAAGGGAAAAUGUUUUGCAUUCUCUGAAUGAGGGAAAGAUGUUUUUAAAAUGUAUUUUCUUGUUCUCUGCUGCAUUAAAAUUAUUGGUUUCUUAGGGAA